AUCUGUCAGGAAAUCCGCACAGUAACACGUGAGUUAGAGCAGUCAGCGAGAGAAAUCCUAGCUGUGUUACAAGCAGUCCAUCAAACACCUAACCCUGAAGGUACAUGCACAUGUCUGCCAUGGCUCUUCAUGAACCAACUCCCUUAUCAACAUAAAACUAUAACAUCAAUUUAUAUAUAUCAAAUUUGACAAAGCAUGAGGUCAGGAUGCCUGGAUAUUGGCCAAGUUCCUGUCAAGAAGUGACAAAAAUGGUUAAAUCUGACAAAAUUUACAAACCUGGUGAGAAUUAACGAAGAAUUUGGUGAAUAUUCAAGUGAGAUGGCAAGUUGCAUGCAUUUGUAGACAUACCUCAAAAUAGAAGUAAUAGUAAAUGGUUGAAAUCUAGAGGUGUUGUUUAACCAUAAGGUGUCUUCUUCACUUUAAUAAACAUUGACAUUGUAUUGGUCAUAUCACUCUCUAGAACUCCCCCCCCUCGAAACCCUUGGAACUCCCCCCUGCGGGAAAAGGUGCUAGUGGGUUUAGCUCAAUUGCAAUUAUUGUGAUGGUUGCUGUUGGAACCCACAUAGUGGAUCAUAUGUGCCUUGUAAAUAGCCCCAAAGAUUUAUUUUGCGCUUCUCUCAUUUAUGCUGUAUGCAUGUGAUGAUUAAAGUAAUUCUCUUUAUACAUGUCCUGUCUUACUCUGGCAGUUGUUAAAAGGAUAUGUGAUAAAAGCAGACAUAUGUUUUCCACUGUCAAGUCACAAUAUAAGAAUCUUAUGGAAAAGAUUCCUGUAGGGCAAUAUUACAGGUGA